CAUCGCCGCCUACGGUGGUCGGAAAUUCGCGAGCGCUCUGCUUCUCCUCCUUCCUAUCUUCUCCGAGGAGGGAACUGCGUUUCAGAGAGAGAGAGAGAGUGAGUUCACGGCUGUGGAGGCAACGCUUCUCAGCCCAAGGUUCUUCCAUCGUGGACCCUUCGCCGUCAAACGAAGUUUCUUUCGAGGCUGUGGCACCAUUCAGUGGUGAUGUUCCUAUAGCACUCUAUUGAACAGCUGCAUACAAGUCCAUUUUGCUGGCGGCUAGUCCAAUUUGCCCGUACGCGCGUGUGUGUGACGCAUACUAAAAUCUCUAAAUGCCAAGAAAGAGAGCAAAGAGAGCUGCUAAACAACCUGCUCCACCACCCGGUGGAGAUGAGGAAAGGCCAUUAGAGAAAGCCCAAGACGAUGCUUCGACGGACCCGGAAGUGGAAAAAAGAGUUGCAGCAAUCAGAGCUAUUCGUGAUGUACAGAUUGAGCAUUUGCUGACUGAGUUAUGCCUACUGCGCUCGUGUAUGACUGAGGAACAGAUGGGAAGUCCCGUGCUCCAGUUUUUCACAGAAAAUCUUCCACAUCUAUCAUUUGAUCUAGACAGAGAAGAUGGGCAGUUCAAAGUCCAUUGGGGAAAUAAAGAUGGAAAAUUAUGUCUGGACAAUACUGAUGGAAAAACUCUACAUGCUUCACUUCUCCACCGAAUGUCCAUAGCUCAUCCUGGAAACUCUGAUGCAGUUCCAUUCUUUGGUGGCUUUGAGUUUUCCACCAAAGGUGGGAAAGCAGGCCUUCUUAGUUCGGAAAAUUUGCAAGUAAGGGACUUUGUUUUGGAUGAGCCAUCAGACUGUCAGAUGCUUGGGCUGCCGGAUACUCUUAGAACUCCUGGGCUGAGUAGCCAAAGGCUCUCCAUAGGGAUGACACCUAAAACCUUAAGGUUGCCUAAGCCUGGGGAGAUGCUUCUAUCUGUUCGUGGUUCUCCUCUCGGUGUCUUCAAAGAAGAGAACAUGGAAGUGAUAAACGAAUCUGAUGAAGAUUGACUAGAUCCAAAUCUGUCGGGAAUCAUGCUUUAAGAGUGGCAGCAAAAUGUCGAUUCAGUCUAAUUGCCACUGCUAUAACAGAGAAGCUUUUGCCAUGAUAAGCGAAUCUGAGCUUGUAUUGAAAAUUGAAUUGCUGCUGCUUAUACAUCGAAAAUAGGUGCUGGUCAACUGCACUGUCUUGUUUCUAGGGAUGUAUUCUUCCUUUCUAUGUCGAUGGGUCAAGUAGAUCAUUGAGCUUAUUCUGUUACAUGCACCAUGAAAUGUUUCUGUGGCAUAGCUAACUCGGGUUUGCUGAUCCAUUACUUUUGCUUGCCAAUCUAAAAAAAAAUUUCAAGCCUGAAA